AUGGAGUCAAACAAGAUCACGUUCUAUGACAUUGCGCCUCGUCCCCCGGUGGAGAAGAAUGCCUAUGCCCCAAACCCUUGGAAAGCUAGGUUUGCACUCAACUUCAAGGGCGUUUCGUACUCAACGACAUGGGUAGCUCUCCCCGACAUAGCAAAGACGCGCACCAGCCUCAACGUGCCAGCAGGUCGCAAAUUCGCUGACGGUAAAGACUUUCAUACUUUGCCCGUCAUCCAAGACCCUACCACUGGUGCUUUGCUGGGGGACUCAUUCGACAUUGCGCUAUACCUCAACAAAACAUACUCGGGCGGGGGUGAUCUGUUCCCCCCUCAAAAGCUUGACUUCGACUUUGAGCAUCCCUACAUCCUCAUACCUUUGUCAGAAUGCAACAAUACAGAGUUCUCUGACUAUGCAAAGUUCAACAUGAACAUUGACGCAGCAUUCACUGCCCACCUUCAGCUUGGUGUUCAGGGCAUGCCAUUUGACCCCGCCACAGAAGAGGAGACCAAGGCCGAGUUUGUGAGACGUGCUGGAGUUUCGGGGUGGGACGAUUUCGUACUCAGUGCUGAAGCCCGAGCCAAGAUACUCGAGUCUCUCGAAAAGAUGUUGGGCGAUCUGGCAGUGCUCUUUUCAAGGGACACCAACGGACCAUUCCUGCUGGGGCAACAAGUCAGUUACGCCGAUAUCAUCGUUGGCGCGUGGUUGCGCAUGAUGCAUGUCACAUUCCCGGAGGACGAGUGGGAGCAAGUUGCGACUUGUCAUCAAGGCGUUUUUGGCAAGCUGCAUGAUGCACUGAAAGUUUUCGCACAUGUAGAAUAG